AUAUCUACUUCCUCCCUCCUCCUCCUCCUCCUCCUCCUCCUUUUCUCUCCUCUCUUCUCUCUCAUCCCUCUUCUCUUCUUCUCCUAUUCUUCCUUCCAAUUCCAUCACAAUGGCCGCUCCUCAAGGUUACCCCCUCCUCUGCUUGGAGAACCCCCUCCUCGACAUCCAGGCUGUUGGUGAUGCCGCCCUUCUCCAGAAGUAUGGCCUGAAGAACAACGAUGCCAUCCUCGCCGAGGACCAGCACAUGGGCCUCUACGAUGAGCUGUUCCAGAAGCAUGAUGCCAAGCUGAUUGCCGGUGGUGCUGCCCAGAACACCGCCCGUGGUGCCCAGUACAUCCUACCCGACAACUCCGUCCUCUACAUCGGCUGUGUCGGCCGUGACAAGUACGCCGAUAUCCUGCGGGAGGCUUGUGCCAAGGCCGGUGUCCACACUGAGUACCGUGUCGAUGAUGCCCAGCCCACCGGCAAGUGUGGUGUGAUCAUCACUGGCCACGACCGUAGCAUGUGCACUCACCUUGCUGCCGCCAACGAGUACAAGCUUGACCACUUGAAGCAGCCUCACAUCUGGUCCCUCGUCGAGAAGGCCCAGUUCUACUACGUCGGUGGCUUCCACCUUACCGUCUGCGUUCCUGCUAUCCAGGCUCUCGGCGAGGAAGCUGCUGCCAAGAACAAGGUCUUCAUGCUCAACCUCUCCGCCCCUUUCAUCGCCCAGUUCUUCAAGGACCAGCUGGACAGUGUGCUGCCUUACACCGACUACACCUUCUGUAACGAAACCGAGGCUCGUGCUUUUGCUGAGAGCCACAGCUGGGGUACCGAGGAUGUUGUCGAGAUCGCCAAGAAGCUGGCUCAGCUGCCCAAGAAGAACACCAAGCGUGCCAGAGUCGCCAUCGUCACCCAGGGCACCCUCCCCACCGUCGCUGCCACCGUGAAGCCCAACGGUGAAGUUGAGGUUAAGGAAAUCAGCGUGCGCGAAAUCCCCAAGAGCAGCAUCAACGACACCAACGGUGCUGGUGAUGCUUUCUGCGGUGGGUUCUGCGCUGGUAUUGUCCAGGGCAAGUCUCUGGAUGAGAGCAUCGACAUCGGCCAGUGGCUCGCCUCCCUCAGCAUCCAGGAGCUGGGCGCCUCUUUUCCCUUCCCCAAGCAGGCCUACACUCCCAUUAACCGGUCAUAAGCAUCUUCCUUAAUAUCUUUCUCUAAACCAAAACAUUCGGUUUGGCAUUACGAGGCCAUGGCAUUUAUAACCAAAAAUUUCUCUUCAAGGAUUUCAACCUUCUAUACCCAAUUUGUCCUUGACUUAACGUCUUAGACCAUUUUGUUUCCACCAACGGUUUCUUUUUUCGCGGAAUGCGCAUCCCAUGAAUUGGGGUGAAGGGUUGGAGAUGGAUCGGAGUCGCAGAUGACGUUCUCAACAACGAUUUAAUGAUGACGCUUUUCCUCCUUUCCCCGGGUCGGUUGUGUGUAUAUACAAACAAAUAAAUGUCUCAUUUUCUUUGGCUCAUUUUCCAUCAUCUAUUAAUCUUAGGAUAUCGAUCGAGAUGAUAAG